UUUCUUUCUGAUAUCUCAAAAUGAGAGAAAUUAUUCACGUACAAGUUGGUCAAUGUGGUAACCAAGUGGGUCAAAAGUUUUGGGAGACUAUCUCGCAAGAACACGGUCUUGAGGCCAAUGGUACCUAUGCUGGUGAUAAUGAUCUCCAGUUAGAGAGAAUCAAUGUAUUUUUUAAUGAAGGUUCUCAGGGUCAAUACGUCCCUAGAUCCGUAUUGGUAGAUCUUGAACCUGGUACGAUGGAUGCUGUUCGAUCUAGUCCUUAUGGUAAGCUAUUCCGCCCUGAUAACCUCAUCUUUGGUCAAUCUGGUGCUGGUAACUCUUGGGCCAGAGGUUACUAUACAGAAGGAGCUGAAUUGGUUGAAUCUGUCAUGGAUGUCUUGCGUAAAGAAGCUGAAAACACCGAUUGUCUCCAAGGCUUUCAAUUGUGUCACUCUCUUGGUGGUGGUACUGGUUCCGGUCUUGGUUCUCUCUUGCUUUCCAAGAUCCGUGAAGAAUAUCCCGAUCUUCCUUCUCCCAAGGUAUCUGAUACCGUUGUUGAACCUUAUAAUGCUGUCCUUUCCGUCCACCAACUCGUCGAGAACUGUGAUGCUACUUUCUGUAUCGAUAACGAAGCACUUUAUGACAUCUGCUUUAGAACACUCAAGUUGACUAAUCCCGGCUAUCCUGAAUUGAACCAGCUUGUGUCUACUGUUAUGUCUGGUGUCUCCACCAGCUUGCGUUUCCCUGGUCAAUUGAACUCUGACUUGCGUAAGUUGUUUGUCAACAUGGUUCCUUUCCCUCGUCUUCACUUCUUCAUGGUCGGUUUUGCUCCCUUGACUGCCUUUGGUUCUCAACAAUACCGUAACUUGAGUGUUCCCGAAUUGACUGCUCAAAUGUUUGAUGCUCGUAACAUGAUGGCUGCUUCUGAUCCUCGCCACGGCCGUUACUUGACUGUUGCCACCAUCUUCCGUGGUCGCUUGUCUACCAAGGAAGUCGAAAACCAAAUGUUAGCUGUUCAACAAAAGAACUCUUCUUACUUUGUUGAAUGGAUUCCAAACGGUGUGAAGACUUCUCUUUGUGAUAUUCCUCCUGUUGGUCUCAAGAUGUCUGGUACCUUCAUUGGUAACAGCACAGCUAUUCAAGAGCUGUUCAAGCGCGUGAAUGACCAAUACUCUGCCAUGUUUAGAAGAAAGGCUUUCUUGCAUUGGUACACUGGUGAAGGUAUGGAUGAAAUGGAAUUCACAGAAGCAGAAUCCAACAUGAACGAUUUGGUCUCUGAAUACCAACAAUAUCAAGAAGCUACCGCUGAAGAAGAGUAUUUAGAAGAAGAAGAUUAUCUUGAAGAGGAUCAAGAUAUUGAAGAAGACGAGUAAAAUCAUUCUGUUAUUCCCACUUUAAAUGUUGCAAACCUUACCUUUAUCAUAUACGAAGAGACAUAGUUUUAAUCCUUAAUGCGCUAAUAAAAACCACGUGACCUUUUUGAAACUUGUUCUAUGC